CACAGACCUAGCAGCUGCAUACCAAAUUUGGAGGAUUGCAGAACGGAGUACCAAAAAAUGUCCCCCAAGAUGCUUUGAUCGAGGCCCUUGGUCAGGCGUCACUGGCAAUGGAUGUCCAACGAGUCGGAUGAACCGUUCAAAGAGUAUCAGAAGUAUGUUCUCAAGCGUGUUUUUAGGGAUUUUGGUUUCAGCAUUCACCACGUGGAGAUCUUGGUCGAAGACGUUUGCCACACAACUGGAAUCACCUGCAAUGCCUAUGGGGAGGUAAUCGGUUUGGGCCCGGCUAGUGGGCUUGAUGGAAUCCUCUCGGAGGCUCUCGGAGAGCUACUCUUCUUGCAGUCCAUCAAAUUGUCGAACAACAAUCUCCGCGGGAGCAUCCCUAAGCAGCUUGGACACUUGAAGCACUUGCGAGAGUUGUAUCUGGAUCACAACCAACUCUCCGGCGAGAUCCCGAAGGAACUGGGUCUCAUGACGUCUUUAGAGGUUCUGGGGCUGUCCUCCAACCAGCUCGAGGGCGAGGUUCCGCCACAGUUAGGGUUGCUGACAAAGUUGCGUUGGUUGAGCAUCGCAGAGAACAAGCUGACGGGUUCAAUUCCCAAAGGGUUCGUCCGCUUGAAGAAGCUGGAGCGUCUCUCGCUAUCGAGGAAUCAACUUGAAGGAGCACUUCCUGCAGAGUUGAGCGAGCUGUCCAUGCUGGAGGCCAUCCAAUUGGAAGACAACAACUUUAGUGGUGAAAUCCCGCCAGAGUGGGGUCGCCUGGGACAGUUGGACCAGCUGGAGCUAGGGCGGAAUCAUCUCACUGGAGGCAUCCCCAAGGAGUUGGGGAAACUGCUGAAGAUACGCGUUCUCCGCUUGGAUCAAAACCAACUCACAGGUAGCAUCCCCAAGGAGCUGGGGGACAUGAAGUCCAUUAGAUUCUUGGCCCUGUAUCAAAAUUACCUGACUGGCGCAAUCCCUGUGGAGCUUUCAAAACUUCAGCACCUGGAACAUCUGCCCCUUUUCCACAACCGCUUGAGUGGCGAAAUCCCCCCUCAACUGGGGAAAUUGAAGGCCUUGCAAACCUUGGCCUUGUACAAAAACCGGCUCCACGGCCAUCUGCCUUUGGAGUUGGCUGAGCUGUCGCAGUUAAGAAACCUUUGGCUGGGGCAAAAUGCCUUGGAGGGAGGCAUUCCAGCAGAGUUGGGAAAGCUUCAGCAUUUGCAGAUGUUGGAGCUUGACCAGAACCAACUGACAGGGCAGAUCCCCAAGGAACUUGGUGAGUUAAACGCCCUGAUAUACCUUAAACUCAACGAGAACCGCUUGAGUGGCAGCAUUCCACCAGAAUUGGGGCAGUUGGUGAAGCUGCAGGUGAUCUGCUUGGAACAGAAUCAGUUGAGAGGCCAGAUUCCAACCAGCUUUGGGCGGCUGAUAGAUGUAACGAUACUACGGCUUGAAAACAACCAGCUCACUGGAGAGAUUGGGAGCAUUUGGCAACUGCAGAAGUUACAAGACCUCUACCUGGGGGGAAAUCGUUUGCGAGGAGAAGUACCGCGAGUUCUCCACAUGCAAAAAUUGACACAUUUAGAUUUGAGCCGCAAUCUCCUCAGUGGCGAGCUGCCACGCUUCGAUUCACCGGAAUUGGAGUUCCUGGACCUCAGCGACAAUCUCUUCGUUGGUCCGCUGGCUGAAUCUGUGGAGUCUCUGUGUCACAGUUGCAAGGGUUUUUCCCAACUUCGUCUCAGCCAAAACCACUUAACAGGUGCACUGCCGCCUUGUUUGUUUGAAAUGGAGCACUUGACACAUUUGGCGCUCAGCGACAAUCAUCUGACGGGGUCAAUCCCAAAGAUUUAUGCCAAAGAAUUGGUGGUGCUUGCGCUGCACGACAAUUUUCUGAGUGGUUCCAUCCCACACUCUUUGCAAUCCUUGCAACACCUGGCAGUGCUCACGUUGCACGAGAAUUCUUUGGAUGGACAGAUCUCAGAUUUUUAUUUGACCGGACCCUGCACGGACAGUCCCAGCUUCAGGGUUCGAGGCGCUUCCUGCUUUGACCUGGCCAUUUUCUUCCAUCGAGAACUGGACUCGGACCGAGACUGCGAAGCCGUGCUGUCGAGGGCUCGCUACUCAGGAGAGGAACUGGAGUCAAUUAUGAUGAACUGCCCACGGCUUUGCAAUCGAUGUGAAAGGAAUCGAACUGCCAGAGCCACCUUCCACCACAACCGUUUUUCCUGUGAAGUUCCUGCGCACAUCAGUAAGACCUCUGACAUCCAUGCGACAGUGGUCAUGGGUAACAUGGUCGGCCAUGGGCGUGAGUUGGACGUCUCAUGGAUUUCAGCAGAAGAGAACCAGGCCUUUCUGUACUAUUCGCCAAAGAUUUGGAGUGAUCAGAUGUUCGUGAUGUGUGCCCUUCUGGCCUUGGGCCUUUGUGCUUCUCUCUGUCGGAAGCAGCUUGGGAGCGGCCUGCAGCAUGCAACGCGCAGCUUAGCGACGGGCAGCACUUCGCGCGUGGCGGCGUCGAAUUUGGCGCUGCUGCGGGUGGCGGCCUGUACAACUCUUUUGUGCAGUCCUUUGCUGUUGAUUUUCCUGGCCGGUACCGGGUACUACAUGUGUGCUCCCCCACUCUCAGAAAUCACCAUUGCAAACCUGCGGGAAGAUCCAUGGGCAGAGUUUUUGGUGGUGGUUUUCUGGUGCUUGGCCAGCCUGCUGUCUCACACUGUCGUGGCCAGCAUGCCAGCCGUGGCGAGCGUUAAGAGCUUCCGGCAUGCGGCGCCAAGCCCCACUGCGCCGCAGAAUCGGCGGGGGACGAUUUUUAGUUUCAGUCGUGAGAGCUACAACAACACAUGGCAGCUGGAGCUGCAAAGAGCGACAGCAUGGCUCUUGUGGAUCGUCACCGUGUCACUGUUUUCCCUGCCAUCGAUCCUCUUCGCAGUGGCGCAGGCCUUACCGGCCCACAACACCUCGGGUCUGUCAGAGGAGGUGUUGGGCUACGUCCAUCCUGUCACACCCUUCUUGAUCGUGGCCAUUGACAUGUUCUUGGCCAGUCCCCUGUCAAAUAUCUAUUCUUCUUGGAGUGGCAUCAAAGCGGAUCGCCUGCUGAUGACUUUUCGCUUGUUUGCAGCUUGGCUCUUGUCAUUGCUGACGACAGUCUUCUUGCACGAGAACUGCUUUGGGGGCUGGAAGUGGUUCUGGAUUGUCUGCAAGGAAGACUCCCCAGAGCAUCAUGCUUUCAACUGGCGUAUCUGGAAUGAAACAAUAUUGGACGCCAGCAAAGACAUGUGCCAGCUUCGAGAGAGGUGGUGGGCUGGGGGCCGUUGCAGCCGAUCCAUCGUCGAGGGCCUCAACACGCUCAUGUUGAAGAAACUGCUGAUCCGCUGCACUGUGCAGCCGAUAGUUUUGCUGCUUCUUUGGAACUUCUCUCGCCUAGAACCAGCGGGAAAGGAUGCGUAUCUGUCAGGGCGGCACUUGCGACUGUUCUGGGGCAAAGGCCCCAAGAUGACGGGGAGCUUGGUGCCAGUGCAGCAGAUGGCAUUGGUGACCACCUUUCUGGAGAUCUUAUUCUUCUGGAGUCCACUGAUCCCUUUGCUGAGUGUUGGUGUCCUUUGCGUGGCAACUGCAAAUCUCUUCCUCUUCGAUGUCGGCAUUUGGAGCUUCAAAGUGCAAAUGCCCACGGAUGUGGUCAACCAGCAGGCUGCUCUCUCCAGGUCCUAUUUGACUCUGACUCUGGCUGCCACUUGCGGAUUUCAACUGUGGCAUGCCUAUGGAACCCAGAUGUUUGGACGGCAUCUCCUACUUUUGAAUCUGGCAAUCCUGCUGCCCGUGAAACGUUGGAUGUUGCCUCUGGAACGGGCCAGAAGUUUCUUUUGGGCCGAGAUGGAACGAGCCACUGAAGCCGAAGUGAUUGAAAUGGCCAUCCAGAUGGACCUUAGCUGACGGGAAAAAA